GAGCGGCUAGAGGCGGAGACUACAGUCGCCCGCGCGCGGCUCGCGCCCUCCCCUUUGUGUCGCUAUGGCGGCGGCUUCGGCGACGAGGACGACGAUGGAGGGGUCUAGCGCGGCCAGCGCCUGAGGAGGCCACGCGACCAUGGUGGCCCGCAGCACUGACAGCCUGGAUGGCCCAGGGGAGGGCUCAGUGCAGCCCUUGCCCCCCACUGGGGGUCCCAGUGUGAAGGAGAAGCCUGGGAAGAGGCUCUCGGCUCCUCGCGGUCCCUUUCCCCGGCUGGCUGACUGUGCGCAUUUCCACUAUGAGAAUGUCGACUUUGGCCACAUUCAGCUCCUACUGUCUCCAGAGCGUGAUGGCUCUAGCUUCUCUGGGGAGAAUGAGCUGGUGUUUGGGGUGCAGGUGACCUGUCAGGGCCGUUCUUGGCCAGUUCUCCGCAGUUACGAUGACUUCCGUUCCCUGGAUACCCACCUCCACCGGUGCAUAUUUGACCGGAGAUUUUCCUGUCUCCCAGAGCUCCCCCCACCCCCAGAGGGUGCCAGGGCUGCCCAGAUGCUGGUGCCGCUGCUGCUGCAAUACCUGGAGACCCUGUCAGGACUGGUGGACAGUAACCUCAACUGUGGGCCUGUGCUCACCUGGAUGGAGUUGGACAACCAUGGCAGGCGACUGCUCCUCAGUGAGGAGGCCUCCCUCAAUAUCCCCGCGGUGGCUGCUGCCCAUGUGGUGAAACGGUACACAGCUCAGGCACCAGACGAGCUGUCCUUCGAGGUGGGAGACAUUGUCUCCGUGAUCGACAUGCCACCCACAGAGGAUCGGAGCUGGUGGCGGGGCAAGCGAGGCUUCCAGGUCGGUUUCUUCCCCAGCGAGUGUGUGGAGCUAUUCACAGAGCGGCCCUGUCCAGGACUCAAGGGGGAUGCCGAUGGUCUCCUUUGUGGUGUUCCAGCUCCCCAGGGUGUCUCCUCUUUGACCUCAGCUGUGCCCCGGCCACGGGGGAAGCUGGCUGGCCUCCUUCGCACCUUCAUGCGCUCCCGCCCUUCUCGGCAGCGGCUGCGACAACGGGGUAUCCUACGGCAGAGGGUGUUUGGCUGUGACCUUGGAGAGCACCUCAGUAACUCAGGCCAGGACGUGCCCCAGGUGCUUCGCUGUUGCUCUGAGUUUAUUGAGGCCCAUGGGGUGGUGGAUGGAAUCUACCGACUCUCAGGCGUGUCAUCCAAUAUCCAGAGGCUACGGCAUGAGUUUGACAGUGAGAGGAUCCCUGAACUGUCUGGCCCCACCUUCCUACAGGACAUUCACAGUGUGUCUUCUCUCUGCAAGCUCUACUUCCGAGAGCUGCCCAACCCCCUGCUCACGUAUCAGCUCUACGGGAAGUUCAGUGAGGCCAUGUCAGUACCUGGGGAGGACGAACGCCUGGUGCGUGUCCAUGACGUCAUCCAACAACUGCCCCCGCCACACUAUAGGACCCUGGAGUAUCUGCUGAGGCACUUGGCCCGCAUGGCAAGACACAGUGCCAAUACCAGCAUGCAUGCCCGCAACCUGGCCAUUGUCUGGGCGCCCAACCUGCUACGGUCCAUGGAGCUGGAGUCAGUGGGGCUGGGUGGGGCAGCAGCCUUCCGUGAGGUGCGGGUGCAGUCAGUGGUGGUGGAAUUCCUGCUCACCCAUGUGGAUGUCCUGUUCAGUGACACCUUCACCUCUGCUGGCCUCGACCCUGCAGGCCGCUGCCUCCUUCCCAGGCCCAAGUCCCUUGUGGGCAGUGGCCCCUCCACUCGCCUGUUGACGCUGGAGGAAGCCCAGGCUCGAACCCAGGGCCGACUGGGGACACCCAAUGAAUCCACAGCUCCCAAGGCUUCAGACUCUCCUGUGGAAAGGAGGAAAGGGGAGAGAGGCCAGAAACAGCGGAAGCCAGGUGGUAGCAGCUGGAAGACUUUCUUUGCACUGGGCCGCGGCCCCAGCAUUCCCCGGAAGAAGCCUCUUCCCUGGCUGGGGGGGAUGCGUGCUCCACCACAGCCUUCAGGCAACCGACCUGACACAGUCACACUCCGAUCUGCCAAGAGUGAGGAGUCUCUGUCAUCUCAGGCCAGCGGGGCUGGCCUCCAGAGGCUGAGCAGGCUACGGCGACCCCACUCUAGCAGUGAUGCUUUCCCUGUGGGUCCAGCACCGGCGGGCUCCUGUGAGAGCCUGUCCUCGUCCUCCUCUGCAUCCUCCUCAUCCUCUGAGUCCUCCUCAUCCUCAGCAGCUGGGCUCAGAGCACUUUCCGGUUCCCCCUCUCACCGAACCUCAGCCUGGCUAGAUGAUGGUGAUGAUCUGGACUUCAGCCCACCUCACUGCCUGGAGGGGCUCCGGGGGCUCGACUUUGAUCCCCUUACCUUUCGCUGCAGCAGCCCUACCCCAGGGGACCCUGCACCUCCUGCCAGCCCGGCCCCCCCAGCCUCUGCUUCUGCCUUUCCACCCAGGGCAACUUCCCAGGCCCUUUUGCCCCAUGGGCCCACCAGCCCUGCUUUGUCCACUGCCCUGGAUAUCUCAGAGCCCCUGUCUGUAUCAGUGCCACCUGCUGUUCUGGAGCUGCUGGGGGCUGGGGGAACACCUGCCUCACUCACCCCAACACCAGCACUCAGCCCCAGCCCAGGCCUGUGCCCCCAUGUCAUCCCCCUGCUGCCACAUGGAGCUGAAGCCCAGCUGAGUGACACCUGUCAACAGGAGGUCAGCAGCAACCUAGCACUACCUGGUCCCGGGGAAGCCCAACGACAGCAUGGACCUGUCAUGGAUUCACCACUGCCCCCACCCCUGUCCCUCCUGCGCCCUGGGGGGGCCCCACCUCCACCCCCCAAGAACCCAGCACGCCUCAUGGCCCUGGCCCUGGCUGAGCAGGCUCAGCAGGUGGCCCAGAAACAGAGCCAACAGGAGCAUGGGAGUACCCCAUCGGCUCCCCGCUCCCCUUUCUACUGCUCACUGUCCCUGAAGGUGGGUGGUGAGCCCCUCGGGACCUCAGGGAGUGGGCCACCAGCCCCCUCCCUAGCCCACCCUGAAGCCUGGGCUCCAGGACCCUCACCCUCCCUACCACGGCAACAAAGUGUUGGGAGCCUGGUGAGGAGCCAGCGGCCCAUGGGGAUCUCAAGGAGGGGACACAGAAGCUCUGCCCAGGUUGUUUCUUCCGUGAGAGCCCCUGGCUGCUUCUCCUCAGCUCCCCAGGAGUGCCUGCCACCCUUUCUUGGGGUCCCAAAACCAGGCUUGUACCCCCUGGGCUCCUCAUCCUUCCAGCCCAGUUCCCCAACCCCAGUCUGGAGGAGCCCUUUGGGUCCCCCUGCACCACUUGACAGGGGAGAGAACCUGUACUAUGAGAUUGAGGCGGGUGAGGGGUCCCCCUACUCUGGCACCACCCAGUCCUGGAGUCCCUUUCACUCCAUGCCACCAGAUAGACUCAAUGCCUCAUAUGGCAUGCUUGACCAAUCACCACCAUUCCAUAGGUCCCCUGACUUCCUACUCAGCUACCCACCACCCCCCUCCUGCUUUCCCCAUAACCACCUGGGCUAUUCAGCCCUUCAGCACCCUGCCAGGUGCCCCACUCGGCCUGAACCCCUCUAUGUCAACCUAGCCCUAGGGCCCAGGGGUCCCUCAUCCACCUCUUCCAGCUCCUCUUCCCCUCCUGCUCAUCCCCAUAGCCGUUCAGAUUCAGGCCCCACAGCCCCCCAUCUUCCCCAGAAAGAGAGGGCCCUCUGGGAUCCUCACACCCCUCACAGGGUGCCUGGGGCCUGGGGCUCUCCUGAGCCUCUCCUGUACUACAGGGCAGCUCCACCAGCCUAUGGGAGGCAGGGCAAGCACCACCGAGGGUCCUUGUACAGGAAUGGGGGCCAAGGAAGGGAGGGGGCUGGUCCCCCACCCCCUUACCCCACUCCCAGCUGGUCCCUUCACUCUGAGGGCCAGACCCGAAGUUACUGCUGAACCAGAGCAGAGACCUUCCUUCCCUUCUCACUGAUCUUGGCCCAACUCAAUUCCUUGUUUUGUAUUUUCUUGAGCUCCUGACCCCUAUUCCAGGUUUCUAACUUUGUAACUUGCUUCUGAUGUGGAUCCCUAACCUGUAUGGCUUCCCUACCCUGGACUAAGGGCACCCCCACCAACCUCUAUCAUGGGGCUCUCACACAAAUCUGAGGGCUAGGCUGACACACUGCCCUUCCUCUUCCUCCAGGAGCCCCCAGCAUGUCCUGACCUAUGCACAGGGGUUGGGGGACAACUCCUGCCCAUCUCCCACAUGCCCCACUAAACCAUCUGACAAAAUUAAUGAAUAAAAAUGGUGAAAAUGUGGCUGCUAGUGUCAUGCUGAGACUAGGCUCAGUAAACAAAGAGGCAAUGGGCUGCUUUAUCAUUUUUGUUUAAAUAUGUAUUUA